GCGUGGCGCGUGCAUUCCUAUGGCAAGGAAGGGAACCCGGCGCAUGCCAUCAGCAACAUGACUCUGAACAUGGUCCCAGUUCCCGAGCCCAGGAAGGGGCAGGUCCUCGUCAAGGUCCAGAUGGCGGCCGUGAACCCGGUCGACUGGAAGCUCUUCGGCGGUGGCAUGCACAGCAUCUUUCCAGUGAGCUUCCCGUAUGUACCGGGUUUCGACAUCGCGGGAACAGUGGUGAAGGUUGGCGAAGGAGUGACCCGCCUGGCAGUGGGCGAUGAGAUCUGCGGGGACAUCGGCCUCCGCGAGACUUGCUGUCACGAUACACAGGCACCUUGGGGCACUUGCCAGCCGGGUAUGCCGUGGCGUUUGCGGACACUAUUGCAAAGCGUGAAGGCCUUAGCGCAGAAGAAGUGGUGGGUUUGCCGCUGGUGGGCCUGA